CGCACACCCAAUUCGGCACACCCCUCACACGUUUCGUGGCCCCAUAGGGAGCUCCACCGAAGGUCCCAGUGGCGGCGCUCACAUGCGCAUGCGUCCCGCGCACCCAUUCCGGCACAUCCUUCGCAGGUUGCAGGGCGCACGCGUGCGUGAUUUGGCACGGCGGCGGCGUAUUUGCGAACAUGUUUCGUUUCUUUGCAUGCAGAUUCUUGAGCACAGAGGACAGCGUAAUGGAGGAUGAAGGGAUACAUGCUCGCUGGAAGUGGAUAUGUUUUACUUGUCGCCGAAUUGGACUGCCAGCUUUAAAUGCAAUAUUGAAGUUGACAGUUCACUUGGAAUCUUAUGGUUCGUUCCCGCCACACGCUGCGCUGUACGAGGCGCGUCGGCGGAUUUUGUUACCCUUCGGGCCGCGAGAGAAGCGAUGAUCAGUGAGUUGCGCGAGUCUGGUACCAUCGCAGCGGGGCAUCGGUCGAACUGGGAGUACCAAGACCGAUUCAACUUGUCUUCUAUUGAUGUCGACUUGCUGAGGCAACAACUGGGUUCAGCGCCGACGUUGCCGCAGACGCCCGAGGUUGCUUGGGGGCAGUACGUGCGCUUCAUGUUGCAGCCUGGCAUCAUGUACCAAUGCGCCAAGCUACGCCAAGUGUAGUUUUUGGUGGUAGAAAAUAAGUCGUUGCCUGGUAGAGACAUGCCUGGCCAAGGCGAAGCCUUGGCGAGGUCUUUAGUCGUUGCGUUCUUCGAGCUGGCCCACGCUGAGGACGGCAUACUAGUGCGGCCAUGCGAGGGCCAACUUGGGGAGCUCAAAGUUUAAACCAGAACCAUUGCCGAGAUCUCGACCGCGUGCGGGUAUCAUCCUGCUCUCGGGGCGGAGGCUACAGCUCGCGAGGUGGAGUUGAAACACGAAGCAGAGUGGUUGAAUCACGAUAUCGUUCAGUUUAAGACCGUUCGCGUGGGCACGUUCGGCAACCCUUGGAGUUUCACGUUGAGCGACUGUGCCCCAUGCAGAGGAUGAGUACAUUAUGCGCACCGCUGUGGACGAUUGUGCGAAAAUGGACCUGGCGCGCCAGAUUCAGCUGAGGGACGGCCUCAGCAACGCCAGGCGGUCAGAGCUCUGGGGUUUAACGAGGGCUGCCUUGCUAGACAUCCUCGCAGACGGUGCUGCCAUCGGCGGCGGCGGCGGCGGUGUCGCCCCGCCCGCGCCGCCGGCAGCGCGCGGCCGCGGUGGCCGCGGGCGCGGCAGAGCUGGCCCAGCCCCAGCCCCAGCCCGAGGCAGGGCCAGAGGCGGCCGAGCAGGCGGCCGCAGAGGCAGGGGCUAGGCGGUCGGAGGCCCCCCAACGCACACG